AUGAAGGAGAUACACAAGGCAGGCGUCCACCACCGAGACGCCUACCCUAAGAACCUUCUCCUUAUUCGUGGAAAUCCCGAUAGGCUGGUACGGGCUGACUUUGAUGUUGCAACGACCUUCACCGACCCUGGACCUAAAGACCUCGCCCGCUCUGAUCACGAAAUUGAGCGCGUGAAGGGUUUUGGAGACCUGCUGAGAGAGUACCAACCUGAGUGA